AUGGAUUACGCCCCUGAGACAUGCGCGGACCUCUCAUUCUGUGGAGUUGCUGUCGGAGCGGAACGCUGCCGCGUUCAUGACUUGGAGCCGACCAGAUGCGUCGCAUUUGAAGGGAGUUUGACCGGGAGGAGGUUUCACAUGUGCAGCGUUCAAAAUUUGCAGUAUGUGGAGAAUUGUGGUUUCCAGAAAUGGGUUGAUGUAGAAGAAUGGCCAGAAGCUCUGAAGAAUUCUUUGGGAAGGCUAUGGUCUAUGUACCAUGAGGCUAGUGACAAAAGAAUUGAAGAGAGGCUUGAGAAUGCCAAGUUGGUUCAAGAGUUGGUCGAGGAGAGGGACAAGUUCAAAAAGAACUACUACAGUUUAAUGGAUGAUGUUGACAAAUUUAUGAAAGACCAAGAGAAAAGGGUCAUGGAGGCAAAUUUAAAGAAUAUGAAUGAAGAGAAGGAAGCUAUCUUUGACUUGGACAGGUCUGCAUUAAAAGCUGAGGUGAUCAAGCUCAAUUCAGAGUUGUUUGAUUUGAAGGAGGAGAAGAAGCAGUGGGAGUCAAUGAAGAAGCACUGGGAGUCAAUGGAGAAGCUUAGAAAGGAAAAGUGGGAGAAGAAAGAAGAGGCAUGGAAGGAGGAGAAAAAGAAGCUAGAGUACACACUAUUUGACCUCUUCAAGGUUAACAGUGCAAACAAGGUGCAGAUCAAAGGCAUUAUGGGAGAAAUCUGA